AUGUUCAUGUACGUGUUAUCCAUUUCAAUGGCCGAGCAAAGCCUUGGCUCGAUAUUGCAUUUUCCAAAGCUUCAACAUUUGUGGACCAAACAUGUUCAUAAACAGCAGCCAUAUAAGAGCAUCUUAGAGAAUGUUUACAAUGAUAAACAAACAUUUCAAUUUUUGUUUUUUACCGUACCGUUAAAAGGAGAGCACAGGGGAAACAAAUGUGAAAACCACAUAAACACGCACAAAGCACAAUUAAAGUGCAUAAAAAUUAGUGCAUAUGAAGAAAAAGAACCAAUUUUUACCUACUUCUUCUGCUCCGCCACCACCAUGAAACUCGUCAUCCCCGUAGGCCACCCGAUCAUCGACAUCCCGCACAUAACAACCUCCAGGAUGGAGCUCCUGUCGCAGUGGGUCACGAAUCCGGCCACGCGUGUUCCAGCACCACUCUAUCACAGGUGA